UUAAGCUAAUUUGUAAUUAAGUGUUUUGGGUAAAGAUAUUUAAAUUAAAAUCUUUCUAUAAUGUUAAUUCGGCAUUUUAUAAAAUUGACAAGUACUGCGAGAGUAGUAACGUACAAUAAGUUUUUUAUAAACAAGAGAAUUACACUAUCACCUUUAUGUCGCUGUAGAAAUAUUCAAACCAGACUGUACACAACAGAGAGCGGAACGAAAGAUGCAGAGAAACUCACUAACACAAAUGAUAUAAUAUUUUCUGGGGGACCUUCAAAAGUAUCUACAGGUCAUAGGAAUAAGUUAUCCUCAGAUGAACUACUUGAAAAACUCAUAGCAAAUUUAUCAACAGACAUUCAUCAAAAGAAUAGAGUAUAUAAAAAUGACCUAGUAACAGUUAUAAACAAAAUAAAAGAAUUAAAUAUGUCAUCGAAAAAACAAGGUUUACUUUUAUUGAAGUGCUGUUCGGAGCUGCUUCCAGAUGAAACACCCAGUGUGAGAAUGGCUUUAGUUGAACUAGUAUGGAAUACUAUCAAGCCACAUACAAAGUUUGAUGUUGAACAUUACAAUGAACUCUUAAGGGCGUACAUUGCCAACAAUAGAAUUCUCACAGUUAGUACGUUUGUUGCACAGAUGGGAUCAGUGAAGCCUAAUUUGACUACUUAUGAACUUAUAUUAAGGACCUUAGGAGAGGCAGGAGAUAUAAACCAGUGCACUGAAGUUAUAUCUAAUAUGAAAGCUCAAGAUUUACCAGCUACAGAAAAUGUGUUCAACUCUCUGAUUAUUUGUCAAGGAAAGAUGGGAAAACUAGAGAACAUUCAAGAGAUCUUAACUAUGAUGAAAUCUCUCAAACUAGAAUAUUCGAUAAACACAUUCACAGCGGUCGCUAGAGCUUUUGCUUUUAAUAAAAAUAAUGAACUUCUUAUUGAUGAAAUUGAAAAGGCAAGAAACAUUGGAAUCAAGUUUGACGAGAUCCAUAUAAUGGAGAUUGUCAAAACUUUAGCAGCUGUUUCAAAUUAUGGACCAAUACCACAAGUACUAAAAUACUUACCGAAGGAAAUACUUCAAACACCAUCGAUAACUCCGUUUAUGCAAAGUGUGUCCACAACGCUGGUGUUUCAAAACCAUCCCAUGGUUGCUCUGGAGAUUUAUAAAUGCUUGCCGUUGCCUUCAUUCGGACCCAAAGAUGACAUGGGUUUGCACGGUAGAAGUCUGGUUAGAGACUGCGUGAAAGCGUCCAUGUCUUCAAGUAUCAUCGCUCAAAUAACCCAAGAGCUGAUGACGUCUGGUCGGAACCCUAUCGCUAUACAGAAUGCAGCGGAAGCAGCUCUCCAGCUUGGCAAAAUUCCCCUCGCCCUGGACAUGUUUACGCGAAUGAAACACGUGGGAUUACCGCUCAGACCGCACUACUUCUGGCCUAUCUUCAUACACACUUCUAAGACAUAUGGAGAGAAGGGUAUAAUGAACACACUCUCCACAAUGGUGGCUAUGGAAGUGAAACCGGACUAUGAGACGAUCAUAGAUUAUAUAUUACCACACGUCAGUUUUACAUCACCACAGAAUCUCAUGAAGAAGUUUCUAGAAACAGGACUGACUGUCACAAGCGUCUUGACACCUAUGAUGGUUACAUUGUUGAAUACGGGGCAGGUUAGAGCGGCUAGUGAAAUAUGUGAAUUAUUUCAGGGGAAGGUUGAUGCAGAAGUUCUAUUACAGCCAUUAUUAAAAGGGUAUUUAAUCAGCUCGGACACAAAGUCAACUAUUCAUAUAUUAGAGGAUGUAACGUCCAAAGCUUCAGAGAAAGACAAAGAUUGGGUGGGUAGGUUCUUAUGUGUUUGUAUGAGCAAGAAGAAAGUCAAAGAGGAUAUUACAGAAGUAUUGUUAUUGGUUAAGGCCUUGCAAAAUACUCAAAUAAGAAUAUCGACAUCCGCAGCCGACUAUUGUAUCUCCAAAAUACCGGAAAAUCAUAGAAAAGAUAAUACAGAGAGUGUUAAAGAGGCAUUUAUUCAGAUCACAGAUGACAGAUUGGUCGAUGACGGAGAGUUCUUCGUUCAACGCAUACCGCAUCCAAAACAAAUGAACGAGGCGGGUUUAAAAGCCCAUCUAGUUGAACUAGAAGCGAAGGGUAUGAACACGCGUGGUGUUCUUCGAAAAUUACUCCAGCAGUACUGCAGGGAGGGGAACCUGGCUGCAGCUAGAGAAAUACUGGACAAAUGCCAAACGGAAGGGGUUUUCCUAUCAGCCGGUAUGAAGGCCUCAAUAUUCGAUCUCCAUGUUAAGUUGGGAGAGUUGGAUUUGGCGGAGAUUGCUCUAGCGGAUCUAAACAAGUCAUCGCCGAAUUUCACACUAGACGAAUACAAAGUGAUAGAUUUUGCGACUCUAAUGGUGUACAGGAAGAAGAUUAAAAAGGCGUUCGAGCUUAUCAAUGAACAAUCUAAGAAAAGACGGAUAAAAGGCGGCCGUAACAUAUCGAUGAACUGCUGGCGGCUGCUGGACGCGACGGCGGCGCAGGGCUCGCCCGCCGACACGCGCCACAUGCUGGAGCUGCUCACCUCGCUGCGCUACUGCCGCCCAGACAACACCAUGCUCGGCCCGCUCGUGCGGGUACAUUUGAAAAGUGGUAAUCUCGAAGAAGCUGUUAAAGAAUUCGUAAAAUUAUCAGAAAAGUACAAGAAAACUCCGCUCAAACACGAAUUAUUAUGUAAAAUAUUAAAAGCAAUGAGUGACGGCAAGACGGAAGAUACUUUUAUCGAGAAUGAGAAAGCUAAUGGAAAACUCAAUAGACUGGUACAGACGAUCCUCAAUGUUAAUAAACAAAUACACGGACCUGGCGACGUUCAUCUAACUUUAAUAGCAGCUUUAGCAGAUGUUGGAUACAAGAAGACAUUACGCAAAUUAUUCCUUGAUCCUACAAUAAAGUUCCACCCGGACGCCUUGAUGCGUCACUGUGAGAGGUUUGCUGAUGAGAAAAAAGUGGAAGCAUUAGAAGCUAUAGGAGAAUGUGCCCGGGACUUGAGGCAUAUUAAUGUUGAAGAGAUUUAUAACAUGAUUUUGGAAGUCUUCCAACGUGACGACAAAUGUCAAGAGGCUUUAUCGUUGUGGUACAAAAUGCAAGAGAACGAGAUAAUGCCGUCUCAAAAGUUCGUUAGAAACCUAUGCUCAAUGUGCAAGGCAAAUAACAAACAUAUCCCGUCAGAUUUAUCCAUAUUUCUCGAUAAACAAAUGAAGACUGUCUAAAUUGUAUAAGGCUUGUUUUAAAGCUCUACUUCUAGUAAAAAUUGUUAAGUGUGAUGUAUGAAAAAAAAUUGUUGAUAUCUGUGAUAUUAUUAUUUAUUA